GCUAUCGCGUUGCUUCUUUUGCAGAUAAACAGAACCUUUACCUUGUUUAACACCCCUUCCUCAAAUUCUGUGACCUGGUAAAAUUAUGCGGCGUACGUGCUGGUACCCAGGACAUGGGAAUUGAGGGAAAUGAGGUCGCAGAUGUGUACGCGAAGAAAGGCUGCUCUAAAGAGCCUCUUGAUCUCCCUCUAACCCUUGUCUUUAUAAUAAGACAAGCCAUAGCUAUGAUGCGCGAUGAGAUUGCGAAGUGGUGGACAAAUAGCAUGCCUGAGCUAUAUAUACUCCGCGCGUUUAACUCUAGGCCUCUAGUCGGCCUCAGCCCUUCAGAAUUGUAGCAUUUUUAUAGUUUUUUUUAUUUUUAGAAAAGAUAGAAACCAAUGGUAGAUCUAGGCCGCUAACUUAGUAGUCUAUACAGGAUGAAAAUAGGCUGCUGGCCCUAGACCCUUUGUCUUUUAUGUACUUGCGACUCUUCCUGACAAGACUUCCCUUCUUCCUCUACCGACCAUUUCCGCAUAUCAUGACGGCUCGCGUGCAUUAGUGUUGAAUGUUGAGGGUUCACCCUUCACCCUCAACUUCAGGAUUAAAGUUUGAAGUCCCAAACUUAGACCG